AUGAAUCUGGCCUGGCUUUUGCCCAUCUUGAUUCUUUGUAUCAGUUCUUUUUCACGAGGGGCCUUAACCCCCGGUGGUACUGUGAAUGUUGGAGCUAUUUUUACAUUUAGCACCAUCAAUGGAAAAGUUGCAAAGAUUGCCAUGAAGGCAGCUGAGGAUGAUAUUAAUUCUGAUCCACGCUUUCUUGGAGGAAGGAAACUGUCUAUAAAUAUGCAUGAUUCCAACUUCAGUGGAUUUCUGGGAAUCAUUGGAGCGUUGCAGUUCCUGGAGACUGAUACUAUAGCUGUUAUUGGGCCACAAAAUGCUGUAAUGGCUCAUGUACUCUCACAUCUUGCAACUGAGCUCCAAGUUCCUUUCUUGUCAUUUACAGCUCUAGACCCCACUCUUUCACCUCUCCAAUACCCGUACUUUAUUCAAACAGCUCCCAACGAUUUGUUUCAAAUGACUGCCAUUGCAGACAUGGUUAGUUAUUAUGGUUGGUCAGAGGUUAUUGCAGUUUUCAGUGAUGAUGAUCAGAGCCGAAAUGGUAUAGGUGCACUAGGUGAUGAACUUGCGGAAAGGCGUUGCAAAAUUUCCUAUAAAGCAGCACUUCCUCCAGACCCAAAGGCCACCCGAAGCGAUGUUCAAGAUGAAUUAGCGAAGGUUCUGCGGAUGGAAUCUCGAGUAAUUGUUUUGAAUACCUUCAGCAAAACAGGUCUCUUGGUUUUUGAUGUUGCGAAGGGACUUGGAAUGAUGGAGAAUGGGUUUGUUUGGAUUGCUACCAGUUGGCUGUCUACUGUUAUAGAUUCAACUUCACCUCUUCCUACUAAGACUGCCAAUUCAAUCCAAGGAGUUUUAACACUCCGCCCGCAUACACCAGAUUCAAAAAGAAAAAGGGAUUUCGCAUCACAGUGGAGCCAGCUGAGUAAUGGCUCUAUUGGGCUAAAUCCUUAUGGUCUAUAUGCCUAUGAUACUAUUAGGUGGAAUGGGAGGGGGACUUUGAACCUUGGUGCUUUGAGCAUAUUUGAUGGAGGAAGCCAAUUGCUCAAAAAUAUAUUGCAGACAAGUAUAACAGGUCUGACAGGACCUGUUCGAUUUAAUCCAGACAGGUCCAUUUUACAUCCUUCUUAUGAUAUCAUUAAUGUAUUAGAAACUGGGUAUCAGCAGAUUGGAUACUGGUCAAACUAUUCUGGGCUCUCGGUUGUGCCCCCAGAGACACUUUAUGGGAAAGCAGCUAACAGUUCUAGUUCAAGCCAAAAUUUAUACAGUGUGGUAUGGCCUGGGGGGACAACAGCUCGGCCUCGGGGCUGGGUGUUUCCAAACAAUGGAAAGGAAUUACAAAUUGGAGUUCCAGACCGAGUUAGUUAUCAGGAGUUUGUCUCAAAGGUGAAUGGUACCGGUGAGGUCCAAGGAUAUUGUAUUGAUGUGUUCCUGUCUUCCAUUAAAUUGCUUCCAUAUGCUGUUCCAUACAAGUUCAUUCCAUUUGGAGAUGGUCAUAAGAAUCCAAAUUACUACGAACUCGUAAACAAGAUCACAACCGGGGUGAGUAAAUUUGUAGCCCCUCAGAAAAUAAUCAGAUGA